AUGUCUUUGAAUAAUAAUGCUUUAAGCUUUGUUUUUGUUGACCCUUCACAUCAGAUUUCCCGUCAAAGACCUCUCGAAUUAACUGAUAAAACAUCUUCUUCAGAAGCAGUAAUUUCUUCGCUUUGUCAAUUGGAAGCAGAAAUUCCUUCACUUUGUCAAUUGGUUUCUCAGUUAACUGAUAAAAUGUCUUCUUUAGAAACAAAAAUUUCUCAGUUAACUUUUCUUGCGUUCCUCCCUGAACUUUAA